AGCAGUUUGUCUCUGAGUGAUCGGAACAACAAACCGAACGGAGCAAGCGGGGUAAGAGCGUGUCCAAAACCGCCUCUGACCGCCACUUUCAAACUACAUCCAUGAAAUAGCCGCGAAUGCGCACUUUAAAGCCACUGGAGUCCAUCUAGCUCUUCAAGAAGUCCUUAUAAACAAUCCGGAACCGACCCUGACGAUCGGGUUUAUGAGACAAAAGUACCCGCUGUUGCCCUGUGUGCAUGAAGACAAAGCCCUUGAUAAGUUGAAGUGGACCAGAAGAUGUUAAAGAAAUGAUAGCUGCACCGGAAUUACAAACAGAGUUUCAUUACCCUCAGGACACUGACACCCGAUUCUCAUCAGACACUGAUUUCGAUGAUCCUGAUGGGAGGAAUGUCAUCAUUGGGAAAGGGAAGGCGAAGAAAGGAAAGAAGGGCCCUGGGGAGAAGGGGAAAGGAGUGGGGAAAGGAGCCGGACGCAUGAACGGUCACCACCAGGAAAACGGCAUGGAAAAUGUCAUGCUUUUUGAAGUGGUCAGGCUGGGAAAGAGUGCCAUGCAGUCGGUCGUUGAUGACUGGAUUGAGUCCUACAAACAUGACAGAGACGUCGCACUUCUGGACUUGAUCAAUUUCUUCAUCCAGUGCUCUGGCUGCAAAGGUGUUGUCACUGGUGAGAUGUUCCGCAACAUGCAAAACUCUGAGAUCAUUAGGAAAAUGACAGAAGAGUUUGAUGAGGACAGCGGUGAUUACCCACUCACCAUGGCCGGACCGCAGUGGAAGAAGUUCAAGUCUAGUUUCUGCGAGUUUAUUGGCGUGUUAGUGCGGCAGUGUCAGUACAGCAUCAUCUAUGACGAGUACAUGAUGGACACGGUCAUCUCACUGCUCACCGGACUCUCUGACUCUCAAGUCCGAGCCUUUAGACACACCAGCACACUGGCAGCUAUGAAGCUGAUGACGGCCCUUGUGAAUGUAGCGCUGAACCUCAGCAUCAACAUGGACAACACUCAGCGGCAGUAUGAAGCAGAGAGAAACAAGAUGAUUGGCAAGAGGGCCAAUGACAGACUAGAACUCCUGCUGCAGAAACGCAAGGAGUUGCAAGAAAAUCAAGAUGAGAUUGAAAACAUGAUGAAUGCCAUUUUCAAGGGUGUCUUUGUUCACCGAUAUCGUGAUGCAAUAGCAGAGAUCCGGGCGAUCUGCAUUGAGGAAAUCGGCGUGUGGAUGAAAAUGUACAGUGAUGCAUUUCUUAACGACAGCUAUCUUAAGUACGUGGGCUGGACCAUGCACGACAAGCAAGGUGAGGUGCGUCUGAAGUGUCUCACGGCACUGCAGGGGCUGUACUAUAACCGCGAGCUCAAUGCCAAGCUGGAGCUCUUCACCAGCCGCUUCAAGGACCGCAUUGUAUCUAUGACGCUGGACAAAGAGUACGACGUUGCAGUGCAAGCAAUAAAACUGCUCACACUGGUGUUACAUAGCAGCGAUGAAGUUCUGACUGCAGAAGACUGUGAGAGCGUGUACCACCUAGUCUAUUCAGCCCACCGACCCGUGGCUGUGGCAGCAGGAGAGUUUCUCUUUAAGAAACUGUUCAGUCAUCGAGACCCUGAAGAUGACAGCAUGCCCAAGAGACGAGGCAGACAGAGUGUGAACGCCAACCUCAUCAAAACCACUGUCUUUUUCUUCCUGGAGAGUGAGCUUCAUGAGCAUGCAGCCUACUUAGUAGACAGCAUGUGGGACUGUGCAGCAGAGAUCCUGAAGGACUGGGAGUGCAUGAUCAGCCUACUACUGGACGAGCCACUGCCUGGAGAGGAAGCUCUGACAGACAGACAGGAGACUGCUCUGAUAGAGAUCAUGCUGUGCACCAUCCGUCAGGCUGCAGAGUGCCAUCCUCCUGUGGGCAGAGGCACAGGCAAGAGGGUUCUGACAGCGAAGGAGAAGAAGACUCAGCUUGAUGACCGAACGAGAAUGACAGAGCUCUUCGCUAUAGCACUGCCAGCUUUACUUGCAAAGUACUCUGUGGAUGCAGAGAAAGUGACAAAUCUGCUGCAGCUGCCCCAGUUUUUUGAUCUGGAGAUCUAUACCACAGGGCGUUUGGAAAAGCACCUGGAUUCAUUGUUAAGACAAAUCAGAGAGAUUGUGGAGAAGCACACGGACACAGAUGUGCUCGAGGCUUGCUCGAAAACCUACCACGCCCUGUGCAACGAGGAGUUCACUAUCUUUAACCGGGUGGAUAUCGCCCGUAGCCAGCUCUUGGAUGAGCAAGUGGACAAGUUCAACAGGCUACUGGAAGACUUCCUGCAGGAGGGUGAAGACCCAGAUGAAGAUGAUGCUUAUCAAGUUCUGUCCACACUGAAGAGGAUCACAGCUUUCCACAAUGCUCAUGAUCUUACCAAAUGGGACCUCUUCACCAGCAACUACAAGUUACUGAACACUGGUAUUGAAAACGGAGACAUGCCUGAGCAGAUUGUCAUUCACGCACUGCAGUGCACACAUUACGUCAUCCUUUGGAGCUUAGCCAAGGUCUCUGAGGGCACUUCUAAAAAGGAGGACAUGUUGACUUUGAGGAAGCAGAUGAGGGCGUUUUGUCUAAUGUGCCAGCGUUACCUAACCAGCGUCAAUACCGCCGUCAAAGAGCAGGCCUUCACCAUCCUCUGUGACCUGCUGCUGAUCUUCAGCCAUCAGAUCAUCUCAGGAGGGAGGGAAGCUCUCGAGCCCCUAGUAUACACACCCGAGGCAUCCCUGCAGUCCGAGCUUCUCAAUUUCAUCCUGGACCACGUCUUCAUUGACCAGGAUGAAGACAGCAACAGCACAGAUGGGCAACAGGAUGAUGAAGCCGGGAAAAUCGAAGCUUUGCACAAGAGGCGAAACCUGCUGGCUGCAUACUGCAAACUCAUUAUCUACAAUGUAGUGGAGAUGAACACUGGUGCAGAUAUUUUCAAGCAAUACAUGAGGUAUUACAAUGACUACGGUGACAUCAUCAAGGAAACUAUGAGCAAGACGAGACAGAUCGACAAAAUCCAGUGUGCAAAGACGCUCAUUCUGAGCUUACAGCAGCUGUUCAAUGAGAUGCUGUCAGAUCUGGGACCCAGCUUUGACCGCUCAUCCUCAGCUUUCUGCGGCAUUAAAGAGCUCGCUCGACGCUUUUCUCUGACUUUUGGUCUGGAUCAGCUCAAAACCAGAGAGGCUAUCGCCAUGUUACACAAGGACGGUAUUGAGUUUGCCUUCAAAGAGCCCAAUCCUCAAGGGGAGGGACAUCCUCCCCUCAACCUGGCUUUUCUUGACAUUCUCAGCGAGUUCUCAUCCAAACUCAUGCGUCAGGACAAGCGCACUGUGCACAUGUAUUUGGAGCGCUUCAUGACAUUUCAGAUGGCCCUGCAGAGAGAAGACUGCUGGCUGCCGCUCAUCUCUUACAGGAACUCACUGCAGGCGGGUGGUGAUGAUGACACUAUGUCUGUGGUCAGUGGCAUCAGUAGCCGAGGCUCCUCUGUCAGGAGUAAAAAAGCUAAACCUGCCACUGGCAAGAGGAAAUUACCAGAAGAGGAGAGCAGCAGCAGCAGCACCGAGGUAUGGAUGAACCGUGAGCAGACCAUGCAGACGCCCGUCAUGAUGCCUUCACCCCACCUCACCUCCACCGUCAUGAGAGAGCCCAAACGCCUGCGUCCUGAGGAGAGCUACAUGGGGGUAUACACCAUGACCCCCGAUCAGCAACAGCAGCACGCGCACCCUCAGACCCCUCAGCCACAACACCACCAAGCAUCCAUGGACUACAACACACAAGUCACCUGGAUGCUAGCACAGAGACAGCAGCAAGAGGAGGUGGCCAGACAGCAGCAGGAGAGAGCUAUGAACUACGCCAAAUUAAGGAGCAACCUUCAGCAUGCCAUUCGUCGAGGAACAGGCCUUAUGGAGGAUGAUGAGGAGCCCAUUGUGGAAGAUGUGAUGAUGUCAUCAGAAGGCCGAAUUGAGGAUCUCAAUGAAGGCAUGGACUUUGACACCAUGGAUAUUGAUCUGCCCCCAUCGAAGAAUCGACGAGAGCGAUCGGAGCUGAAGCCCGACUUUUUCGACCCUGCCUCCAUCAUGGAUGAGUCUGUAAGAAGCACUCAUUUCCUGGGUUAUGAUGCUUUUCAGCGGUAAUGGGGGACUCGUUCACUCCGCCACUAAGGACGUAAAAGAGAGAUCACCACUAGAUGGCACUAGCAGGAGUGAUUUCAGAUAGUUUGAAUUGCCCUUGUGCAAAAAGACAGAGAGGGGGAGAGCAUCUCACUAUUAUAAAUACUAAAUCAGACCCAUCUGGACUGAUGAUUGAAUGAAAGGUUUGUUUGGUAACUCUAAACACUGAACUGAAUUUGAACAUUUUCUUUUGUAGGUCCUGGGAGUGCCCAUGUUUUAAGAUUAUAAUUGGAGGCGUGUGAAGAGAAGAGACAUUUUGUGUGAAUUCACAUUGAUUCUCUAAAGAGAAUUAAAUUCAAUGGAGUGAUUGGCAUCCAAAUCAGCUCGUACCAUUGACACUUACUAAAACGCAGAAAGGAUAAAGGAGCAAUUCAAAGUCUUUGCAAUCAUUGUGUGGGCUUUCCCUGAUCGUGCAAAACAGCGACAGUAGAUACUGAACGCCAUGGAAUCUCGGACUGUCCUUAGCCAUACAUGAGUUUAUGAUAAGAAAAAUAUAUAUAUAUAAAUAUAUAUAUAAAUAUUUCACAGUUGAACGUCAUCAUGUUUGAAGAAAAAUAUGUGAGAUCUCUUAGAGUUGUGGUAUUUCUUGAAACCGGGGGUGAAUGCAUCUUUUUUAACUUAAAGACAACUUUGUUAUGUAUAGCCCUUUUGUAAUAGUGAGUAAUCUGGUGUAAAGUAGUAAUUUAUAAGCAGGUUUUUGCUCAUCAUAGUGAGUAUUGAUAUAUUUUAUUCUUCUUAUCUAAUAUGUGAAAUGGAGGAAAACCUCCAGGUCUUUAUAUCUAGUAUUUAGUUUCCUUUUAUUCCACCCUUGAAAAUCAUGACAUGCAACACAAAUCAAAACACAACAAACCCCGAUUUAUUACCGCCUUUGGUGCAUUUUUGAGAAUUGGUGCAAUUUCAGUCACACGAAUCAGCGAUUGGUGUACGUUAAAUGCCUCGACCAUUCAGUGGCCCUGUUGCUGUCUUUGCACCAGCAGAACUGUUUUUAUGUGCCAACCGCUCUAGUAAAUCAGGCACUUCGAAUCCCAGUCGCUCUGUGGAGAUGCGCAGAAAGGACUUUAACUCUUCCGCUGAGUCACAAGGCUUAUCCAAAGAUCAGAUCUGCUCGCUUGUCCCUCUAAAAUCUAAGAUCAAGCAAAGAAGAGGAAAUCUCUCCAGUAGUGCCAUUGUGUUGUCUCUAAUAAAACAAAACUUAGUGUAGUAUGUCUGGUGGAGAUUUUCUUCUCCUUGAUUAGAGCUAUGUAGACAUCUACAUUUAAAUAAAGUUAUAUAUAAAUAUAUAAAUUGGUGCUGAUUUUAUAAUUGUGCUUUUAGUUUAUUUUUGUUUGUUUGUUUUUCCCUUUUUAUUUUUAAAACUCCAACUUAGAGUUAAAAGGUUUUGAAAUGUAUAAGAACAUGUCUAAACAUGAAAGUGUGUAGCCAUGCAGCAAGUAAAGUUUUGAGAUAUUUUAUAUAUUUUUUUUUUUCUUUUUUUUUUUUUUUUUUUUUUUUUUGUGUGUGUGUAUUGUUUGAAUCUUUUUUUUUUUUUUUUUUUUUUUUUUGGGUCAGUCUUAAGAGGUUUUUAGGUUUCACCUUUUUUCCUAAUUGUAAAUUAGUUUGGUUGCAAAUCAUGGACAGAACUGUUUCAUUCAGCUAAGUUUGUUUUUCCCGAUAUGAAAUAUUCAGAGUGUAACAAUAACAUCCUACGAGAUCCUUUAAUGUUACAGCAUUGCAUUCGGCAGCUCUAUGAAGCUUGACUAAUACAUUAAUACGUUAACUUAUAUUGCAGACAUGUGCAUUUUGUCUGGGGUAUACUUUUUAAUCAUUCCAUGCCUUGGCCUUAAAACAUCCUUGUUUUAAAAAGGAAAAGAAGGUGGUGGUUAAACGCAAAUCUUCCAUGUUGAAACUUUUAUGUGAGGUACAUUGGAUUCCUUUCGCAUCAGAAAAGGAGCAGUGCAUUUCUAAAAUGGCAUGAGUGUAAUUAUUUAAAAGAAGGUGUGCAGACAGAUUUUGAAUUUAUGAUAGUAAAUGCCCUUCGGCUUAAACUGUCUUCUGUUCCUCACCACUACAUUAAUUAAACUGCUGAAUAGAUUGUGUAAAUAUACAUGCAUUUAAACGUAAAGCUUAAUUUUCUAGUGCUUUUUUCUGUUAACAUUUAAAACAUAUUAUGAUCACCUUUUCCCUGUUCAGAGAUAUAAACUCAUACAUAACCGUUUCCCUGUCCUCUGUUAUCCACUGUAAUGUUUCUGAUUUGUAUCUGUCUGGAGACAGUAAGUUUUUUGAAUAAAAGUAAACAAAUCUUU